CUCCUGAGGGCGUCGUAACCAGAUCCUACAAAAACUAAAAUCGCCCUGCUUUCCGCCUGGCUCGCCCAAAACCGUGGCAUCUGACGAAAACCCCCACGAAGGACACAGCGAAAGAAUGCUGCGCUCGAUACCUGGUCGUCUGCACCUUUGCGGACUGUCAAGGGCACCUCGUCUUGUACACCCGCCCGCGGGACGGUGCUCUUCCAGGUCAGGUGCUAGGACGCAAGCCUCGUCUCUCCGAUUUCAACAAAUCUCAACGGUCGUCCACGAGGACAUCAAGACAGAUGGAGAGAACCUGGAGGAGCAUAAGAUAGCCAACGACGACGUGCAAGUCAGCACAAAACCGAUCAAAAUUGGUGUCGAUUCCGGGCCGGUUGCCGAGACAGGUUCAAAGCAGAAGUCCGCCUCAACUUCUAGCGGUGUUAGCGAAGACGACGCGGUUAUGUUCAACUCAGGACUCAGCGACUUCCGAAGUGCUCUGACCGCGGGCAAGGCUAAGCAUGCCUGGGCUAUCUUCCGUUCGAUGGAGCGGAACGACAAGCUGGACGGUCUUGGAUGGAGGGACUACAACGCCCUUAUGAAGGUCGCGCGGAUGUUUACAGUGCCCAUCGGAGCACGCAGCAAGUUGGAGCAGGCUCUUAUCGAUGUGGAUUGGAUCAUGAGCGUCAUGGGGAGACAGGGUAUCAAGCCCAAUGCAGCGACGUACGCCGCAUUGGCCUCAGCGGCCGCUUUGUGCGGGGAUGUCGACCGUGUGCGUACGAUUCUGCAAACGGUGGCGGACAAAGGCUGGGUGUUAGACCACGGCGGCGACAUGCUACUGCUUGCUCAAGCUCAAACAGAACCACAUCAAGCAUUGGAGUCGUUUGGAGCCCACCUCAAGAAAAAUCCGGGCAGCGGGAGCGUGGCAGUCUAUAAUUCGCUAUUGGAUAACUUCUCCGUAGCGGAAGACCAUCAUCGGUUCCAACAACUACUCAUGUUGGGAAAGGAGCACAGACUGCCUCCAAGCGCCAUGACCUACGAUAUCUUGACACAGCAUUUCGCUGUGCGGGUGGGAGACUUGAACGAGGCGACGGCGAUUAUGGAACAACGCGUACAGCAAGGGUAUGGACGAUCGAUUAAAGCAUACACCGCUCUCAUAGCGGGCUAUCACAGCCGUCAAGACUAUGUGAAGGUCAUGGAACUAUUCAAAGAAGUCGAGAAGCAUGGUCUUCCCCCCACCAUUAGGUUGCUCAACUUUAUAAUGUCCGCAAACAGCAAGCUGGGCAAUGUCAAAGCAGCCGCACGCAUCUUCUUCCGCAUCUUGAGCAAUCCGGAUUUGCAAGCGAAUGCACUGACGUACAAGACCCUUAGCAAUGCGCUCAAAUCUUGGCCGGACUCCUUCGAAAGUCUGGUCAAAUCAAUACGUCAAAAACCGACCAGGAGACUUUACGUGAACGUUGUGCGCGGCAUGUUCGAUGCAGAGGCAGACCUGAUGACGCAGCGGGUCGCUGCCGAAUACCGUGAUAUGUGCAGACUGUAUCCGAACCACUAUCGUUUGGAUGACAAGUUGCUCACCAUCGAGCAUCGGAUUCUGUGCUCGUACGGGCGCCGGGAAGAAGCUGAGAGCAUAUGGGCCGAACAUUUCAGCACAAGCCGGCAUCUGCGAAACAAAUGGGCGUAUCAGUCCAUGAUGUCUUUGUACGGUCAUCAAGCUUCGAGGGAUCCCAGAAGGGCGAGGGAGGUCUUCGACGAAGCGAAGGCGUCGGGCUUGCCAGUAGACUUGUUCGCUUACAACGCCCUCCUCAAAACCUUCUGGUAUCCGAGCAUCCCCUUGAAUAGUCAGGCGAUCGGCAUCAUUCGGGAGGCCAUCGAAGCGAACGUCAUCGGAGACAUCUCGACGCUCCCGCAUACCCAUCUCAUGCAAAAGGCAAUCACGGUGAUAGGGAAGGGCAACGUCGUGAAAGGGUACCAGGCUCUUACCAACGGUGAAGAGCUCGACAUGUCUUCAUUGCCCAUCUGGAGUGAUAUGUUCCCAGGCGGACACGAACCAAUUGAUGGACGGGUCAAAAAGAACAAGCCGCCUCACAGUACCGAAUCGCAUGCAGAAUAGACAUAGUUUCUGUGUACCGCUUAGCCAGAUGUAGGAAAGAGCUCACGGGGUAUUAUCUACAUAUUCUCAAUAGAGCAAAGCGCUAUAAUUGGAGUUUCAAAUCAAUUCGCUGGUGAUCAUUGCUCUAAAUCUAUGGCACAUGACAGGCGGGCUAAACAAUUUGCCUUCGAUGUAUCUGCCUGUCAACAAACUUCUCGAGACUCCCACGAUCACCGGCAAUGGGUAUGUACAUAGGUGUCGUAUGUGCCCCGCUGACAAUGGACUGUAAUCUAGCUCUUACUUGAGAGCCAUUCCGGAUAUCUAAUUGAUGGCAGAUGCUGUCAACUCCCCAUGUAUGUGUUGCGCAACAAGUGCAUAUGUGCAUCGCGACCACUUACUUGGAGAUUAUCGUCUCAACAAC